CGCAGGCCUGACUAAUUAUAUUGUUGACAACGCAGUGUUCCUGUCAUACUCACACAGUGUGCUGCGCAUUUCGUAUAGAUUGAACAAUUUUUGUGUGGACAAUUGUUGUCAAGAACUGGUAAUCGUUUUACCCAUCAAACAUCAUGAGGAGUUUCGGGAUCACUUGUUUAGUCCUUCUUCUUAUAACACUUCAAGCAUCCGCCUCGCAAUUCGUCAACACAUCAAUCAAUUCGUUUGUAACAAGAAUCGAUAAGAUAUUGACCCACCACAAUGAGCUCAGCUCAGUGCUGUGCCCAUUCAACCUGCACCUAGGAUUAUCAAUACUUCACCAAGGAGCGAAGGAUGAAACAGCUAAGGAUAUGUCCUCCUUGUUAGGGCUCGAGGGAGAAAAGCAGGAAAUUGCAGCAUCUUACAAAUCUCUUUUGGACCAGCUGACUGGAGAGGCUUUCAAAACCUGGACAUGCAUGAUUCCUGGAGAAAACUUCAAUCUCUCGCCAAGAUUUGUUGAGACAUCGUACAAAUUCUUCAAAGCCGGAUCUGCAGGCACCUCGCAGCUGAUUGGUAGUGCUGAUGAUGACGUUACACUAAAGUACUGCAAUAAUAUUGGUUCCAGGCCAAAGACAACUAAACUUCAAUUAUUCAGUAAAGCUGGAUUUAAUUCGUCCUGGAAGAAAAGCUUUUUACCUGCUGAAGAAGAGGAGUUUUUACUAACUUCUGGAGAAAAGGUUAAGGUCAAGAUGAUGCACACGAAAGGAUACUUUGCUUAUAAAGAAGAUAAAAAUCUUGAUGCGAAAGUGGUAAAAAUUGAUUACAAGGAGGAAGGUUGGAGUAUGGUGAUGGUUCUACCCAACAACUACAAGAAAGGAUUAACUAUUCUCCAGGACAAAAUCUCUGAGUGGCCUCUUGAAAACCUCUUAAAAUAUUUGAAUGAAAUGAAAAUGGAGGUUUCCAUUCCAAAAUUUAACGCAAAUGCUUUUAAUUUUCACAGAGAUUUAAAGUUCCUUGACAAGAUGGGAGCUAAGGCUCUUUUCACCAACGAGGCAGAUUUUAGUGAUGUGUCGAUUGGGAGCAAAAUGCAUCUCUCCCAUGUAUUAAUUGAAGCUUUCAUAGCUGUGAACGAAACCGGGACAUUGGCAGGGUCAGGCGCAGACUUUUUGGCUGGAGGUGGCGACGAAAUAAUAUAUAAGACCAAAAACCAUCAAACCAAUCCAACUAAACCUAAGCCAACAAAUCAUACAUCAGCAAACCCGGAAGUCGAUGGUUUACCUCAAUCAAAUCCAAGUUUUAAGGCAGAUCAUCCGUUUUUGUUUUACAUCGUUGGUCCUGGAAAUGUGUUUUUGUACAAUGGAAAGAUUGUAAACCCUGUAAGUCAUAAGGAAUGAGAUAGUAAACGACUUAGAAUGACGCACAAUGUAGGGUGAAAUUUAUUAGCGUAAAUAA